CCUAUUUAUAUGUUGUAGGGAGGGAGGUUUAUUGAAUUAGUCAGUUUGGGUAGUACAAAGGUAUCAAAGGAUGUCGGGGGAAGAAGAAGAAAACGCCGCUGAACUCAAAAUUGGUGAUGAGUUUUUGAAGGCCAAAUGUCUAAUGAAUUGUGAAGUCGCUUUGAUUCUUGAGCACAAGUAUGAGCAGCUCCAGCAGAUGUCUGAUGAUCCAACUACUCAGAUUUCGCAGGUAUUUGAAAAGUCACUGCAAUAUGUGAAGCGUUUCAGCCGGUACAAGAACCCUGAUGCUGUUAGACAAGCUCGAGAGAUCCUUAGUAGGUAUCCACUUGCUGAAUUCGAGCUCUGUGUUCUUGGGAAUCUUUGCCCCGAAACCGUUGAAGAAGCUAUUGCCAUGGUCCCAUCCAUCAAGAAUAGAGGACGUGCACUUGACGAGGAAGCAAUUGAGAAAAUGCUAAACGACCUUUCUCUGAUAAAGAAGUUCGAGUAGUGUCAUCAUUGUGCUCGUCUUGCUAUGCUGCAGCCGUCUGUUUCCGAGCCUGUACCUCGAUGUAGUUUCCAUGUAUUUUGGUAGUAGGUUGUAAUGCAAAUUGAGCUCUGGCAUUAUGUUGAAAACUUUAGUUGUUGAUUUGAGGAAGAAAAAAAAGGCUCUGUAGUCACAAUCCUAUGGGGUACUGACCAAAACUAUUGUUAUAAGAUGUACAAGGUUUGUUGCUUUUGCUUUUGUGAGAUAAUUAAGAGCAUGCCUUGAUUGAACAUUAA